CCCGGCCCAGCCCGCCCGGCCCAGCCCUUCCCCGCGAGCCCGGCCCGGCCCGGCCCGCCGCCGGGAUGAUGAUGUGGUCCAACUUCCUGAUGCAAGAGGAGGACCGGCGGCGGGGCGCGGCCGCCAGGCGGGGCGCGGGGCAGCCGCCGGGGCUGUCGCCGGAGCGCGAGGGCAAGGUCAAGCUGGUGUUGCUGCUCACGGCCGUGGGCGCCACGCUGGCCGUGCUGGCCGUGGGCACCGAGUUCUGGGUGGAGCUCAACACCGUCAAGGCCAACGACAGCGCCGUGUGCGACGCCGCCUACCUGGGGCUCUGGAAGGUGUGCGUCAAGCGCCUGUGGCAGGAGGACGUGCCCGCCGGCCGGCGGACCUGCGGCCCCGCCCAGCUGCCCGGAGAAACCAACUGCACCUACUUUAAAUUCUUCACCACGGGGGAGAACGCACACAUCUUCCAGAGAACCACAAAGAAAGAGAUGAACCUGGCGGCCGCGGUGAUAGCGGUUCUCGGCUUGACGGUCAUGGCCCUGGGGUGCCUCUGCAUCAUCAUGGUGCUCAGCAAAGGCGCAGAGUUCCUGGUCCGCGUGGGCGCCAUCUGCUUUGGCCUCUCAGGCCUGCUGCUCCUGGUCAGCCUGGAGGUGUUCCGGCAUUCCGUGCGAGCCCUGAUUCAGAGGGUCAGCCCCGAGCCGCCCCCGGCCCCGGCCCUGACCUACGAGUACUCCUGGUCUCUGGGCUGCGCCGUGGGGGCCAGCCUGGUCCUGCUGCUGGGGGGCAGCUGCUUCCUCCUGCUCACCCUGCCGCCCUGGCCCUGGGGCUCACUCUGUCCCAAGCAGGGGCCCAGGGCCCCCUAGAGGCCCCCCUGCGCUUUCCCGAAGCUCCUUGCAACCCCUCCUUGGUCCUCUGUCCCCUCAGAAUCUUAUUGUUGUUGUUAAUCCUCACCCGAGGACACUUCUCCACUGACCCCUAGAGAGAGUGGAAGGGAGAGGGAGAGGCAGAGAGAAACAUCGAUGUGAGAGAGACACACGUCGGUGGGUUGCCUCCU